GUUUUAUAAAGGAGCAUCAGAGAUGCAGCUAGCCCAUCAUUUAACAUGUGCCACAGAAAGGUUGAAAAUUCAUGAGGGAGCAGCAGAGCAAGAGACGCCUCAAUAGUCUUGGACACUCCAUCUGGUGACGUGCUGCGCGGCACAGGGACAGGACGCUUACCCAUCAGCACACAGCCGAUACCAGCUCAUGUUGUUGUUCCUUCGGCUGUAAAAUGCAACGGCAUUCUUUGUGGGAUACAACCAGCAUUCAUUCAUGAGCAGCGUCGCAGCGAAGCAGGGACAAACACCGGGGGACAGGAGCGGCGAGCGGCCGAGGAGGUGCAGACGGCGAUACUCUAAAGAUUUCAUUUGUCUGUGAUGAGCAUCCCCAUCCACCAAAGACCAAAGGCCGGCCCCUGUUGUUCCUUCUGAGAGAACGAGGAAGUGAUGUCACGCCACCACCACCGAUUUGAGAGGAACUACCGGGGACCCUGGGAGCGGAGAGACAUCCGUCCUGCUGGCCUUCAAAAUGGAGGAGCCAAUCACAACUGUGCCUCUGCCAUCGUCAAUGGCAACAACCGUCCAGGGCUCCUUCCCCUCCCGGUCAUCCCCUCCCUCCUCCCAACCCCAGUUACAGUUGCCAUGACAACAUCAAGUAGCGACAUAGCUGUCAAGCAAGGCAUCACAGCAGCAGGAUCAGUGGCUCCGGCCUCAGUUAAGGUCUCAGGUGUGUCACCUGUUGACACCCAGAGCUCAGGUCUGCUGAUGGCUCCAGGGGUGAGGUGGGGACAGACUCCCAUCAACCAGCUCACACCUUGGGAUACAGAUGAGCCGCCUGCCAAGCAGCAUCGAGACAGCGAGCCCAGCGGUCCAACCUGGUCUGCACCAGUAGCAGCAGUGAGUCAGCCCAGCCUCCUGCCCCACACCUACACCCUCCCCCAGCCGCCCUCCUUCAACCACAGUGUGACUGCACAGUCACCCAUCAUAGGAGUAACCCCACCCAUCCAGACACCCAUUCCCCCUCAGCACCCUCUCAUGACGGCCCACUUCCAGCUGACACCUCAGUCCACCCAGCAGCCGCCCUCAAUGGUUCUGAGCAUGCCCAGUCAGUCUCCGUACGUCUCGGCGCAGCCCACAGUGACACCGUCCGUCCUUGCUCGAGCCAACCAGGUGGUUCAUCAAAACCCUCACAGCGUGAUCAGCAACAGUCACUUAACCUCACACCCUGGCCUCCUUCAGCCCCCCACCCUACCUCUGACUAAUGGACAGGCAGCAGCAGCACAGGCUCUGCCCUCAGCUGCAGACAAUCAGGAUGGUCCUAACGGGCUGCAAAUGCUACGGACAGUUGGGAUGGGGAAGUACGAGUUCAGCGACCCGGGACAUCCUAAAGAAAUGUUGAAGGAGUUGAACCAGCAGCGCAGAGAGAAAGAGUUUACAGACCUGAAAAUAAUAGUUGAAGGCAAAGAGUUUGAAGUCCACCAAAAUGUUCUAGCUUCCUGCAGCUUGUAUUUCAAGGACCUGGUGAAAAGGUCAUCAAAGGAGACGAGGAGUGGGGAGAUGCUGGAGCUGAACAUGAGCAACAUCAGCGCCGACGUGCUGGAGCAGCUGCUUGAGUUUGUCUACACGGGAUCGCUGAUCAUCGACUCGGCCAACGCCAAAACGCUGCUGGAGGCCGCCAACAAGUUCCAGUUCAACACCUUCUGUAAAGUCUGCGUCUCCUUCCUUGAGAAACAGCUGACUGCAGCGAACUGUCUGGGAGUGCUGGCUAUGGCUGAAGCUAUGAGAUGCACAGAGCUCCACAACAUGGCCAAAGCCUUUGCACUGCAGAACUUUCCAGAGGUGGCGGGGCAGGAAGAGAUUCUGAAUGUGUCCAAGGAGGAUCUGGUGUCCUACCUGUCCAAUGACAGUCUCAACACCAAGGCUGAAGAGCUGGUCUACGAGAUGGUCAUCAAGUGGAUCAGACAAGAGCCAGACUCCAGAGUGGAGAGUUUAUCCGAGCUGCUGGCGGUGGUGCGUCUUCCCUUCAUCCACCCGUCCUAUCUGCUCAACGUGGUGGAUAAUGAGGAGCUGAUCAAAUCGUCUGAGGCGUGUCGGGAUCUUGUCAACGAGGCCAAGCGCUAUCACAUGCUGCCCCACGCACGGCAGGAGAUGCAAACGCCCAGGACUCGGCCGAGACUCUCUGCUGGUGUAGCAGAGGUGAUCGUUCUGGUGGGAGGGCGUCAGACGAUCGGGAUGAACCAGCGCUCCCUGACAGCAGUCACCUGCUUCAACCCUCAGAACAGUAAGUGGUACCCGCUGGCCAGCCUGCCCUUCUAUGACCGAGACUUCUUCAGUGUCAUCUCAGCUGGAGACAACAUCUACCUGUCAGGAGGCACAGAGAGUGGUGUGAUGGUGGCUGAUGUUUGGUGCUACAUGUCUCUGCUGGACAACUGGAGUCUGGUGUCCCGGAUGACAGUGGCUCGCUGCAGACACAACAGCCUGGUGUACGAUGGAAAGCUGUACACCAUCGGAGGACUGGGAGUAUCAGGGAACCUGGACCAUGUGGAGAGGUAUGAUACAAUCACCAACCAGUGGGAGACAGUCGCUCCUCUUCCUAAGCCGGUCCAUUCAGCAGCAGCCACAGUGUGCGGUGGAAAGGUCUACGUGUUUGGUGGUGUAAAUGAGGCUGGACGCUCAGCAGGGGUCCUCCAGUCCUACGUACCACAGAGUAAUACCUGGAGCUUCAUUGAAUCACCUAUGAUAGAUAACAAAAAUGCUCCUGCAGUGAGUCUAAACGGUUUAAUAUUCAUCCUGGGAGGAGCCUAUGCUCGAGCCACCACCAUCUAUGACCCAGACAAAGGCAACAUCAAGGCUGGUCCCAACAUGAAUCACUCUCGCCAGUUCUGCAACGCUGUGAUCCUAGAUGGGAAAAUCUUUGCCACAGGAGGCAUCGUGAGCAGUGAAGGACCUGCUCUAGGCAACAUGGAGACCUUUGACCCUAACAGCAACACGUGGACGCUCCUGCAGUCCCUGCCCUGUCCACUCUUCAGACAUGGCUGCGUGGUCAUCAAGAAGUACAUUCAGAGCAGCUGAGAGUGGCUGGGACUCGAUCAGACUGGGUUCAAUGCCAAAAACCUGCUGAGCUCUGGUUGAAGGACAAUGUUUGACAGCUGCUUUGGGUCAGGGUUGGCCGGUCUGUGACCUGUAGACUUGACGCCAGCAUCCAUCCAGCCCAACUCCUGUCCCAGCCUUCAAAGAUCCCUGUGCAGAAUGUACUCAUGCUGGUACUGUCCAUCGUCCAUCCAACAGGCACAGGGACUGUCUUUGUGAACUCUUUGUGUUUUAAGGUCAUCAUUGUUUCUUUUCUGUAAACUUACCGCCUCCAUAUUUCUACACUCUGAUGAAGCUCAGUGAAAGCCAUGCAGGGUGAGAUUUUCUGUCCUUUUCAGAGAAUUAUGUUCUAAAGUUGAAGAUAUCAAAUUUUUCAACAGAUGUUUUUCUUUUUAUCGUCAGAUUUAAAGUCUCUUUUCUCCACUUUGUCACUAGGAAGUGAACUAUGUGUGAUUUUUCAGGCUAUUAAAAAACACAUUUCAAACUCUGUGUAACCUGGUGACUAACAGGGAAAUCCAUAACAUGUUGGACAGGUAGGAUUUACAGGACAUUUCUUUAGAUUGAUUGUAAUAUCUGGUGAAUGAUGUGGUGUUUCCCUUCCCUUUGUUUACACCUUCUGAACCCUGAUACAAACAUGACAUUAUGACCACAUUUAGGACUCGCAUUGACAUGAAUUGAAAUCUGUUUUGGGCAUUUAGAGACCAAGUAGUAAUCCUUAAAGGUGUAGUGUGAACUCUGUCGCUGAGCCCGUCUCGCCCUCAAGUGGAGGGUGUAGAUUGGGAAUGUUAGCGACGUCUAACAUUCAUAUUCUAGAUUUUGAUGUUCACUUCUGAUGGGAACUUUGGCAACCAAUGGACUUUUAAAAACACAUCUGUUGCGUUCCCUUCUGAUUAAUUGGAUAAUUUCAUUUAUUUAUGUGAUAAAACACUAACUUAGAAAGGCCUACUUAUAGAUAUUUUGUUUAAUAUUUACCAGGUUUAUUCCACUGAGUGCUACUAGGGGAAAUAUUACGCAGUGCACCUUUAAUGCUAGGUGUGGACACACCUGAAUGUGUACUUGAUUUGAUAUCCAAAAGCACCACCAGUAAACAAAAGCAUAGCUUUAUUUCUGUCCGUCCAGCCUUGCUCAGUAUAUAUAAGGAGUUCCAGUUCUUUUUUAAGACCUGGGACCGUGUUUAUAAAGCUUCUUAAGCCCAAAAAGUUGCACCUUGUAAAGAAAUUCUAAGAAAUUCUCAGAAUUAGGACAUCUUCUAAGACUUCUCCUCAAAAUAAGACCAGAUUCUCAUAAAGAUUAAAGUUAUUCACCAAGCAUCUUAGCCCCUAAGAUAAACAUUACUAUUAGCAGUAGGGAGGACUUUAAUACGGAAGAGGAUUAGGGCCGGAGGUAAAAGAAAAAAUAAUGCUGUGCACUUCAAUAUGUAAGUCAAAAUAACCAGAAAAAAUACACUUUUUAAAUACCCUUUUAGGAUUAAAUUUAAAAUGUUGAAAAACAAAGUUGAAAUUUUGAGAAUAAAGUUGAAAUACAAUUUUGAGAAAAAAAGUCAAAUUUUGAUAAUAAAGUCAAAUUUUUUUGUCUAGAAUAGACAGCAGAUCUUGGAAAACCAGACUGUGUUUAUGAGAUAACAGAGAACCACUUUUUUCUUAAACAAGUUUAUUGCUGUUAUGUUGUUAUGGUCUAGUAAGGUUUGACUUUAUUCUCAAAAUUUUGACAUUUUUCUCAAGACUUCCAUUUUAAUCUUGAAACAGCAUUUCAAAUUUAUUUCAUUAAUUUGACUUUAAUCUUAAAAUGCAUAAAAAUUAUUUUUCCUUCACCUCUGGCCCUAAUCUUCUUCUGUACUUUUUAAGAGUCUUAAAAGUUAAAAGGAGAAAAUAGCAGAGCCAUAGGUGAAAACACAGUUACAGCUCUGUGACAGCCUGCUGAAAGCUUUGUGAAUAAACGUGAGGAAAUAAAUGUGGAGGUACAGCAAAGCAGGACUCAAGACACAGAACUUAAACCGAGGCUUGGUUGAAAAUAUUUAGUUGGGUGGACAGCUAAAUUAAAUUUAUGUAGAUAUUUCAGUCCAUCUUGGACUUUCCUCAGUGCAAAGUGAGACAUGCAUGGUGAUCCCAAUCAAUGUGGUUUACUCCAGAGGUGCAUCCAAGUCCCUCCACCACAGACUACUGUGCAGGAGCAUGUCUUUUAAAUCAUUUUGUAGGUUGUCUUUUUUGUGAAUCAACCAGCUUUCAAAAGACUGUUGUGCCUCACAAUAACGACAGCUACACUUCAUUACUAAGCUGUAAUGUUUUCCCCUCCUGGCUCAGAGUUGGUCUAGAUCUCCUUUACACUAGGACUCCUUGUUAGAAAUGUUUAAGCUACUGUAAGUUUGGGGCUCUCCGACAGGAUCCUUAGAAGGUUUACGAGUAUCGUCCCUUGAUUAUUGAGCUCAACUCAGUGAACUUUUUUUUUGGCUCCAAAUGUUUUUUCACUUGGUAAAAUUUAAGUGUCUAUUAAUUUUCAACAUUAGUAGAAAGAGGAAACAGGAUUUUGUCCCAAGCUCAUCGUGGCUCUCUAGUCUAUUGUUGUCUUGAUUCAGAUGCCAUUUUAGUUUAAACACACACCACAUAUUUAAUUACAAAUCAUUUAUCAGUCCUUUUAAAAUGAUAGAUAGGUAGAAAAGCUGCUAAAGAGGUGCUGAAAGAUACUUAAUAGUUUAAGAGAAUUCCUGAAGUUCAAAUGUGGACAGUUGCUCCAAAAAAAGCACAAUACCCAUCUGUGACUAUUAUCAUACAAGUUAUCGGUUGAUUCAUGUUUUAUUUAUUUCAUCAGUUUCCCUAAACCUUUUCUCAUGUUUUAUACGUGUUUUACUGUGACCCACAAAAUAAGCUGGGUUUGAAUCUGUAAAUACAGGAAGUAAAUAUGUAUAUUUUAAAACCUGAAGAAAGCUCUGUAUAAAUGUUUUUUAAAUGUGAAGAAAAAUCUGUAUAAAUAUUUUUAGAAAAAAAGGUUGGAUUUAAAAAAGGUAUGUCUGUAAAUCUGUAUUCAAAAACAAGAAUUU